AUGGCCGAGUCCAGCGGCUUGAAGCCGGGCAACGGCUCUUCGCAUGUGAACGGCAAGAUGAACGGCCAGACAGGCAAAAAAGUUGCUGCUUCACGACCACGACGCGGCUUCGUGGCCUGGGUAGGAGGGACCAUCGCUAGACUUGCGACCUGGGCCUUUAUCCUCACGCUUCUCUUCCGCUGUCCUUCCACGCUCGAGGAAUGCGACCAAGACUCUCCCUUCAUCUGCAAACCGUACUUUCAAGCCAAAGCCGCCGUCGCCCCGUACACGCUGCCUUACUACGAUCAAUACGUUGCGCCAUAUGUGGACUUUGCGUGGCCUUACUACCAAACCGUCGACUCCAGCGUCCUCACACCGGCGCGCGCCUAUGCCGUCCAACACGGUGGGCCAUGGGUUGAAAAGGGCCAGGAACAAGUCUGGGCUCAAUGGGAGAAGCACGGCCGGCCUCAGGUAGCCCAGCUGCGUGCUCUGUCCCAGAAGCAGUACGAGGAAACAAUUGCUCCAUACCUGGAGAGCGCCGGCGAGGUGUUCGGACCCUACUACGAAAUCGGCCAUACCAAUUCUCUCCGGUUGUACUACCAAGUCUUGCUGCCAAGCUACGAACUGGUGCAACCCUAUGCGCACCAAGGCUACAACGCUGCCUCAAGUUUCACCACUGGCACGGCGCUGCCUGCUGCUCAGUGGGUUUGGGGCAAGACGAAUGCCUUUCUCAACAAGGCCGUGUGGCCACAGGUUCGAAUGGUCUACGUUGAGAAUGUAGAGCCCCAGCUCGUUCGCAUUGGCGAGCGCUUGGAAAGAUACAAGAACCAAGCAAAGACCAGAGUGCUUCCCGAAGUGACGUCGUCUUCUACGAGACGAAAAACUACUACUGAGCCACCACGAUACUCGUCCUUUAGCAAGCCGGCCCCACAGGGCACACAAUCUCCAAGCACAACAGCUUCCGAAUCUGUCGCCCCCCCUCCGAGCUCAAGCCUCGAGGAGCAGCCGGUAGCAGAAUCAUACUGGAACCCCGUUCAGGCCCCUCCUGCUGCAGAAAAUGAGACGGAGAAAAGAAGGAUCGCCCGUGAGAUGGUGGCGCAAGACCUUGAGAUGUGGCAGAAUAAAUUUGCUGCCCAGGCCGAAGAGGGCGCUGCCGAUAUGGAGGACCGGAUCGAUGAGAUUGCGAACCGCAUGGUCGUCGAUGAGAUUGUCUCCAAGGGCAAGCCCCUUGUCAAGAAGCUCGAGGCACUAGUCGAGUCGGAGACUGAUGGUCUCAAGGCAAAGAUUUCUAGUAUUGUUGCAGAGAAUGCCGCCAACCCGCUCGACGAUGCUCAAGAACAAAUCGUUGCCGCCGUUCGAGCUGCUGGCAUAGCCAUCAAGACAGCUGCGCAAGGCAUCAGGUCCUGGCGGGAAGAGUAUGAUGAUAAUUUGCAAUACCUGGUUCUCAAAGCCGCCGACGUACACUUCCAGAUACUUGAUGAGACUACGAAUCUCGCACUUCAGCAACUCGGAAUGAAAUGGGCCUGGACCGAUGGAGUUACAUAUAGAGAUUGGGCAAAGUAUCACGAGCUCAAGCAAACACUGGGGGAUUGGACCGAAGAGCUGAAACAUCUCAUUGUCACUCACCCCACGCUGCUGCAAGCACAGGAUGCUGCAGCUCUGGUCGAGGAUGACGGAAUGACCAUCGCCUCUAGCGCUGCCAAGGAGCUUGCUCGUCUUAAGCAAGUUGCUCAGUGGAAGAUUCUCGCGAAUGACGCUACCGAUAACUUUGAUUCUGAGGCGAUGGAGAAGGCAGCAGACGCUGCACAGAACCCAGUCGUGCCUGAGGAUGAAACCACUCUGGAGAGUCACGAGCAGGGAGAUGAUCAGACAGCUGGAGAGUCUUCAGCAGAAACCGCCGAUGAAACCCAUGGUGAAGAGACGCCUUUGUCGGCUGCUGAUAAUACCGUCUUGGAAGCCGUCUUGGAUGCCAUCGCAGAAGAGGCAACACCAGGAACAACUGACGAGGCCACAUUGCCAUUGGAGUCUGGUUCCGCGGAUGAGGUCAUUGAUGACGCUGUUGCGGAUGAGAAAUCGUCGGACGAGGAAUUUCCCAUUGUGGACGACGCCAGCUCGAAUGUCUUUGAACAUGUGGUAGAGCAAGCUGACCUCGACGAAAAAGCCCAGGAGCCCCUUACUGGCCAGCCCGACGAGGUUCCGGAAUCUCUGGAAGACGAAAUUGUAGAGCCCGAGGUCGAGAUUGAAACGCCCGAAAUCCCUGUUCAACAUGUCAAUGAAGAAUCUAGGUCGGCUGUUUUGGAAGAGCCUUCCGCAACCCCUAGCGCUGCGACUACCGAAACCGUACUGGAAUCCGAGCCUGAAGAAAUCGAUGAGAUUGAAUUGGACUCCGAGGACGAUAUCCUGGAUGAGGACGAGAUCUCAUGGCAACAAGAUCAAAAGAUUCUGGACAACGACUCCGCUUCCGUCAAAGCAACUUUCCUCGGCGCCGCCGCUCAGGUAGUCUCUGGCUGGCAACCCAUCUUGGACGAGGACGAUGAAACUGACGAUAGCUUCCUAUCUAGCGCGACUAAAGCUGCCGAGGCAGCUUAUGCCAGCGCAAUUUCUCUAGCUUCUGACCAGUAUUCGAGUGCAUCGUCCAUUAUUUCCGCCCAGGUCCAUGGCACCCCGACCCCGGCCGUCCAAAACCAACUUCUUUCUUCCGUAUCGGCCGCUUACGACCAGGCGGUUGCUGCAGCGAGCUCAAGAUUCAAGGACGUUGUAGACGCCGCAUCAGCUGGAGUCUAUGGCACACCGACACCUACUCAGGCUACCCCGACACCGGCACACUGGAGCAAGGUGGAAUCGAUUGCGGCAGAGCGCCUGAAUGAGGGCAAGCUGUGGGCGGAACUUCAAUACCAGAGUGCCUUGAUUGCCCUGGGAUUAGCAACGGCAACCCCUACUUCAACCUCUGCAGCUGAGAAAUACUACGAACAGGCCAAGUACAACUACUACGCCGGACUCGGAUUGGCGCACGAUCGCUACAACAACUUCAUUUCUGCUGCCUCUUCGGCAUUGUCCUCUCUAACAGCCACACCAACCCCCACACCCAUGGCCUUUACUGACUCUGCAAUUUCGAUGGCUUCUGCUGCGGGAAAGGCUGCUGAAUCUGCCUACUCCAAGGCGACUGAGAAUGUUGCUUCUGCGGUCGAGGCUGUUGAUGAAUCCAUCUCUGCUUUGCACGAUGCUGCGACUGAGCAGAUUUACAAUGCCGGAUUAGCCAUUGGCGAGACUUGGGGAACUGUGGUUAGCCAACUAAGCAUUGACAUAUAUGGUCAGCCAACCCCGGCAGCCAUUGGAUGGUACGAGGGUUGGGUAUCGGAUGCGCAGGCUGUCGUGGCGAGUGCCACCUCUGCCGUUGGCAAAGCCACCCAAACUGCGUCUGCUGGUGCCGCAAAGGAGUACGAGUCUGUGAGCGAGCUGGUGUCGGAGCUGAUUGUUGGUCGGGAGGCGCCUUUCACGGAGAGUGUAUUAUCAAGACUUCAAGCGGCGUAUGCAUCGGCAACACAGAACGUGGCCAGCCUGGCGAGCGAAGCCAGUGCGGCGGCUGGAUCAGUUGGCGAAAAGGUGGGAAGCAUUGCGAGCAAGGCAACCGACGCUGCGAAGCACGGGAAAGAUGAGUUGUAA